ACGAGUUCUUAAUUGACCGGAUGUAGCAUGAGCAUAGUCCAUGAUCGUUAAAUCAGCACUCCUAAUCGCAAUCGACUGGCAUUAAAAUGAAAGCGUUGGCCUCAUAUACUUUAAUCUGGACACUUUGGAUUACCUUCCACUCUUGCGUAAAUUGUGAGGAGCGUAAUUUUCGCAUAAGGAUGGAUGAGUUUUCAGUAAAAUAUAGGUUACGCGAUCUGAUCGAUUAUAUCGAUUUUCGCAUCGUUAAUAUUAACAAUCGAACCUAUGUUGACGGUGGGAUGAUUUUAAAGUCUGAUGUGGAGGAAUUAGUUAUGCACACAAGUAUGGAUUACUGGCAGGCCUCAAAUAAAAAGAAAAUGAAGUUGUACGAUGGUCGAUUAGAUGCUUGUCUAUUUCUGAGAACUGCUCACCGUUUUGGAUUGUUCCAAAUUUACGUAAAAAGCUUUAAAAAACACACGAAUGCCAAUCUUGCUUGUCCCUUAAAAUCGAAUUACAACUAUACGUUGACAAAGUGGCACAUGGAUGAGAAUGAUCUACCUCCGUUUGUUCCAUUUGGUAAAUUUCGCACAGUCACUGAAUAUUUUACACAAGACCGGCUGGUAUUGCGAAUUAUCACUCAAGGAAAAGUAGUUGCCAAUAAGUAUAACUAA